AUGAUCGGCACGAAUGGCCGCAAUUUUAUCGGCAAUGAACACGAUCGAAGAUCGUUAUCUGGGACCGAGACCUCCUACAACUGCUACCCCGUGUACGAAAAUAGCCACAACGGCUCGCAAAUCCUCUCCCCGUCAUCCUACCACAGCAGUAGUAACCUAAAUCUCCCGCCCACGGCACCACAGCAAGUUAACCACCAAGUGGCGCACAAUUCUCCCGUCGCGCACCACCACGUCCCUUCCCAUGUGCAUUCCCUGUCCCCAUCCCCCACACCUAUCAUCUCCGAGCAAGCAAUCCAGCGGCUGCACUCGUUGAUCAUCGAGUUCGUCCGCGCCCGCAAUCCUCCAUUGAACACCUAUCACGAGCUCGGCCAGUGUCUCGAAUACAUGUACAAAAAGACCACCUCCGAGGACUCGGGCUCGCUCAACGACUUUCUUCAAACAUUGAGCCGGAUUCAAUACUACUGCAGCGAAAAAAUGCUGCAGGAGAAAGUCAACCGCUUCAACGGAAUCAUCAAUACUCUCAAACAAGCGGCGCAGCUGGCGAAUAAGCAAGAAACAUUCCGACAACUUGAGUUUAUUUCACGGUCCUUGUUAUCUGUAGAAAGCGAAUUAAGCGCUACAAUUAACCCAACCACUCUCCGUGACCAGCAAGCUGCUGAUCAUCAACAGAAUCUGAGUAGCAUGGGAAUGGACCCGAUGCGUCGUCAUAAUCCGGCCUUCUCUGGUGGAAGGUCUGGAAAUAUGAUGAGCAAUCUGAUGAAUGACUUGCAACUGCGCGACGAUUAUACAGUGCCUCGACCAAGUUGUCACGUGCGCGAACACUCAAUGUACACCUUAUCUGAUAAAUGCCUUCAAAUGUGCGAGGCAAUCAAAAGCCAAACCGCCAGACUUCGGGCCAAGUCUGGCAUCAGCCCGACAGACAUCGUUAAUGCUCUGCACUGCUCCAACACCAACACCAAAAACUCUGCGCUAGAAAAACUUACCAACAAUUUUCAAGUUGCACUUGACGCAUAUCUAAAUCAAUUACGAAGAUUAAUAAAAGUCAGCGAAUUUAUCAUGCCGGCAUGUUUCCUGACUUAUCGACCAGAAUCUCUCAAAGAACUCUUCAGCGGAUGUUGUGACCCUGAAACCACCCUUCUUGUGUUACGAGAGACGAACAACAACUUCGUCGAGCGUGAAAUUCCCGAUAUCCAAAUCGAAAUCGCGAAUGUCUUUUUCCCGAGCUACGCAAAGACAAAAGCGAAAAACGGAGAUCCAAAGCUGUCAUCUCGAUCUCUGUUGCAACACAAGCGACGAGCUGUGGAGAAUUUAAUCCAGUCAAUUAGCCCUAAUCUCGUUGAAGAUGCGAGAGCAAGUCUUGCCAAUAAAAUUCUGAACGAGCUUUGCUAG